CACCGCGUUAAUAGGAUUGAGGCUCGUCUAAUGAAGCUGCAUUCACAAAUCCAGUCACAGUCAGGUGUUACAGCCUGAGGGACAGCAUGAAGGACUCGCAGCACCAUGCAGCCAUCAAAACAAAGCUAUGGCCCAAGCAGAAAGCGAAUAAAAACCGCAAAGAUGAAUCCCCGAAGGUGGAGAAGACACCCAAGCCGUCAACUUCUGCCGCUGUGCCCCCACAGCUGAGCGAGGCCGAGCGGAUGCAUCUGACACCCUUCGAGAGGGUGGUCUACGACAUGGCCCACAGCGAGAGGAUUGUCAACGACCUCAUCCUCGGCCGCAGGGUCGGAUUUUACGAGCUGCGCGGGGAGAUCGGCCAGGGCAACUUCUCAUCAGUCAGACUGGGCAUCCACGCUUUGACCAAAGAGAGAGUGGCCGUCAAGAUCAUGGAAAAGCGGCGUAAGGCAGAAAAGGUCGCCCGCUCCUGGAACUCCUCAGAGAUCCGCUGCAUGGAAAAGCUGUGCCACCCGAACGUGGUGCGUCUGUACGAGGUGAUGGAGACGAACAGGAAGGUGUACCUAGUGAUGGAGUACGGCAGCGGCGGCGACCUGUUCUCUCGCAUCACCACCAGGGGGAAGCUCAAUGAUCUGGAGGCCAAGCUGAUCUUUGCGCAAGUCAUCUCCGCUGUGAAACACAUGCAUGAGAACAACAUCGUCCACAGGGACCUUAAGGCUGAGAACAUCUUCUACACCACCAGCUACUGCAUCAAGGUGGGUGACUUCGGCUUCAGCAGCGAGAGCGCACCCAACGAGCCGCUCACCAAUUUCUGCGGGUCCCCUCCGUACGCCGCACCUGAACUCUUUCGGGAAAAAGGCUACAUGGGCUGCUAUUCGGACAUUUGGGCUUUAGGUAUUGUUCUGUACUUCAUGGUGACUGCCACGUUGCCUUUCUACGGGGACAAUUUGAGCAGGCUGAAGCGUUGCAUCCUUCAAGGGGCCUACAGCAUCCCCUUCUACGUGCCUGACAAGUGCCAACUCGUCAUCAAGGGCUUGUUGCGACCCGUACCGGUUGACCGCUCAUCUCUCACCCAAGUUUCAGACAGCGCUUGGUUGAGGGGGAUGCGGUAUCCUGGUCCGUAUUCGCCCCUGCCCUUGACCCCGGCCCACUUGGCCGAGGCCACCAAUGCUCUUUGCGAAGAGGAGAAAGAUGUGAAGACUCUACUGUCAGACCUGGGCAUCAUAGCGGUUCACUUGCAAAACAAUACCUGUUCGGACUCCAAGAGCCCGCUGACUGGGACCUACCGCAUCGUCCUCCACAGGGUCCAGAAACGGCGGUCCGUGGAGGCCGUCGACUACGUGGUGGUUCGCCCCGAUGAGUACAAGAGUCAGGCCAAGUGGUGUGUCGCAUCUGUGGACAAGCAGAACCCCUCUGCGGUGUGUGUUGUACUCUAAUAAAGUGGGACCUUGACUAUACGAGUACCCCAACAACAGUUUUUCAAGUUUUUUUUUUUUUUUUUAAAAAGCUUUUCCAUUUAUUGUGCAGGCAUUUUGCCAAAUUUCUCUUUUCUAACCAUGGGUUCUAAGAAAGUGAGUGCUGAGAAGAAAAGCAGAUGAUGUCUUUUGAAUAAAAGCUUGAAAAUAACAUGAGCAAGGUGUGCGUGUAGUCGAUUUGGUGAAUCAGUAUGAGCGUAGUACUUCUACAAUAUUUUAAACAAGGGUGUCAAACAAAUUUUUGUCACAGGUCACAUUGGAGUUAUUAUUUCCCUCAGAGGGCUGUUAUGGCUAAAAUCAUAUGAAUAAACAAUCACUUUAUCAUUUUAUUAUAUACACAGAACA